AUGGGCAAGUCCGAUGGGCCAUCUCGCAAAAAAGUAACGACGCAAACGCUGCGAAGUCUGUAUGAAAAGGGCGAGCCGAUCAGCGUACUCACGGCGCACGAUUUCCCCAGCGGACAUGUCGCCGAUGCAGCUGGGAUGGAGAUCGUGCUGGUGGGCGACAGCCUGGCCAUGGUGGCGAUGGGGAUGGAGGACACGAACGAGGUGACCAUGGAUGAAAUGCUGGUCCAUUGUCGGAGUGUGUCGCGCGCUGUUAAGAGUGCUUUUACGAUGGCAGAUCUCCCCAUGGGAUCUUAUGAGUGCUCGCCCGAGCAGGCAGUCCAGUCCGCCAUCCGCAUGGUGAAAGAAGGCGGCAUGAAAGCCGUCAAGCUAGAAGGCGGACAGGAAAUGGCACCCACCAUCCAAAAAAUCACCCAGAUCGGCAUCCCCGUCAUAGCCCAUAUAGGGCUGACGCCGCAGCGGCAGCAUUCCAUCGGCGGUUUCAGAGUGCAGGGGAAGUCUGUCACGGGCGCCGUCAAAGUCCUGCAAGAUGCCUUGGCCGCGCAAGAAGCCGGCGCAUUUAUGGUCCUCAUCGAGGCAGUGCCUCCGGAAGUGGCUGCCAUUGUCACUCAGAAGCUUCGCGUUCCCACGAUUGGGAUCGGGUCUGGGGCUGAGUGCUCCGGUCAGGUAUUAGUGCAGGUUGACAUGACGGGCAAUUUUCCGCCGGGCAGGUUCACGCCCAAGUUUGUGAAGACUUAUGCCGAUGUUUGGGGUGAGGCGCAGCGAGGUAUCGAGGAGUAUCGCCGCGAGGUGAAGGAUCGGGCUUUUCCGUCGCCUGGUCAUACGUAUCCCAUUAGCAAAGAAGCGUUGGCGGAGUUCCAGGGUGUUGUUGAUGACAUUUCUGUGAAGAAAUAA